AUGACGGAGACAUAUUCACCCACGGGAGAAAAUGAACAAAACCAGGAACAUAAGAACAAUGACUCCGACAGUGACAACAGCAAAUCAGAAACAAUUCAACGAAGACAAGAUAAGGGUUUCGAUUUUUUGAACUAUUUCCUCAAUCGUCCCGCACAAGCAUCUCAGAAUCAACAACAACAAAGAGCAGCACAGCCACAGCAGUACCAAAGCCAACAGCAACCUUUGACACAGCAGCAGCAACAACAAUUACAGCAACUUAUUCUUCAGCAACAGCGAUUAAAGCAACUCCAGCAACAACUUCAACAAUACCAGCAGCCUGCGCAGCAAUACCAGCAACCUGCGCAGCAAUACCAGCAACAGGGCAGAACUGUCGAUAUUAACUAUCAAGAUAAUUCCAUUCAGCAACAGCAGCAGUUAGAUGCACUAAAUCGGGACGGAGGUUAUGGUAAUGUGGGCAUAGGGGGUGGAUAUCAAUCUGGUUACGCUCCUAAAGAAAUAGGAAUUUCAAUAGGAGCUGGAAAACCACCGAAUGUUGUUGGAGUCGGAAAUAUUUUAACUCUUUUACCAAGAAUCAUAAAUGUUCUUAGUGCUGGAGGGAAAGUCAUGUUUGGUCUGGAGCUAGGAAACAAUUUCUACUUCGGCCCAGUAGGAGCAAAACCUCUUGGUAAAGCAAUAUAUGGAUGA